AUGGAGAAAACCGUCAAGGCUGCGGAAAACCUGAUCGACGCCCAGACAGACUACACAGUCACGUGGCUAGACUCGCUGGAGGUGGUGAAUCGCAAACAGACACACAAGUACAAGCAACUUGCCGAGUCGACCAAGGGCCUCGAAAACGAUAGAGAGUACCUCGAAGGUCUGAACAACGAGAACGCAAGGUACGUGGACCAGCUCAAACAGGUCCGUGGCCACCUCGAUACUCUGGAGAAGCUAGUUGGAGAGGUGGACGAGUGGUCCAAGGAGCUGGAGGUUAAAGUGAGGCGAAUGCAACAAGAGAGGAGUUAA